AUGGAUGAGGGAUGGCUGAGCGGCACAGGCAAGAUGCAGCAGAUGUAUCCUGGUUGUGUGUUUUCCAGGUUCAUGAAUGGCAGAGUUCCAUCCAGUGAGAGAUAUCGACCUACAGACUAUGAACAUGCCGCGAACUGUGCCACCCAUGGAGUCUGGAUCAUCCCCAGCCUGGUGGGCGGGUCUGUACUCUACUUCCUGUCUGUGGACCAAUGGCAGGCUGCUGCUGCCUGGUUGUACGGGGCGGGGCUUAGUGGUCUAUUCAUCUCCUCCACUCUGUUUCACACCGUGGCCUGGAAGAUCAGACACCUCCGUCUAGUGGAGCAGCGUUUCCACAUGUGUGACAGAAUGGCCAUCUACUUCUUCAUCGCUGCUUCCUACACCCCCUGGUUAAUGCUGAGGGAGUUGGGUCCGUGGUCGUCUCACAUGCGGUGGAUUAUCUGGAUCAUGGCGAUUAUCGGCUCCACAUAUGUCUUCUACUUUCACGAGAGGUAUAAACUGGUGGAGUUACUUGGAUACGUGGCCAUGGGGGCGGGGCCUGCACUGGUCAUCCUGUCCAUGGCGGACACGGCAGGUUUGUGUGAGCUGGCGGUGGGCGGGAUUUUCUACGUAGUGGGUGUGGCCUUCUUUAAGAGCGAUGGAGUCGUCCCAUUCGCUCACGCCAUCUGGCACCUGUUCGUUGCCAUGGGAGCAGCCACACACUACUACGCUAUCUGGAGACACCUGUACACACCUGGACACUGA